AUGUCGUCCCCUUACAAACGUCUCAAACUUUCGCUCGAGACUCCUGUCCCAUCCGAUUACGAGAUCUCUCGAAAACAGACCCCCAAGCAUAUCACCGAGGUUGCUAAGGAGUCUGGUAUCGAGGAUUCCGAGGUCGAGCCAUACGGUGCCUAUAAGGCCAAGGUCAAGCUUGAUGUUCUAGACAGAUUGGCCGAUAGGAAGAAUGGAAAGUAUGUUCUUGUUGCUGGUAUUACUCCUACACCUCUUGGUGAAGGUAAAUCUACCACCACGGUCGGUUUGGCUCAAGCCCUGGGUGCCGUUUUAGGUAAGCGUGCUUUUGCUAACGUUCGACAACCUUCUAUGGGUCCUACCUUCGGUGUUAAAGGUGGUGCUGCCGGUGGAGGUUACUCCCAGGUCAUUCCUAUGGACGAAUUUAACAUGCAUUUGACUGGUGAUAUCCAUGCUGUUAGUAUGGCUAACAACUUACUUGCUGCCGCCUUGGAUACAAGAAUGUUCCAUGAGACCAGACAAACGGAUGAUGCUUUAUGGAAGCGUUUGUGUCCAGUUCAAAAAGACGGUUCGAGAGAUAUUCCAAGAGGUCUUGAGCCGAGAACGAAGAAACUUGGUUUGGACAAAAAGGACCCUCGUGACUGGACUGAGGAGGAAAUUUCCAAGUUCGUCCGUUUGGACGUCGACCCUAAAACUGUCACUUGGAAGAGAGUUCUUGAUUUGAACGACAGAUCUUUACGUGAGAUCACCAUCAACCAAGCUCCAACCGAGAAGGGUUUGUACAGGAAGACUGGUUUUGAUAUUUCAGUGGCUUCCGAAGUCAUGGCCAUUUUAGCCUUGUCUAACUCUCUUGAAGACAUGCGUGAUAGAUUGGGAAAGAUCGUUGUCGCAUCUUCCAAAGCCGGCGAACCAAUCACUUGUGAAGAUUUGGGUUGUGCCGGUGCCCUUGCUGCCAUUAUGAAAGAUGCCAUAAAGCCUAACUUGAUGCAAACCUUGGAGGGAACACCUGUCUUCGUUCAUGCUGGUCCAUUUGCCAACAUCUCUAUCGGUGCCUCUUCUAUCAUCGCUGAUAAGAUGGCUCUUAAGUUGGCAGGUACUGACAGCCAGAACCCAGAGCCAGGUUACGUUAUUACCGAGGCCGGUUUUGACUUUACUAUGGGUGGUGAGCGGUUCCUCAACAUUAAGUGUCGUAACUCGGGACUUGCUCCGGAUGUUAUCAUCAUUGUGGCCACUGUUAGAGCUCUUAAAGUUCAUGGAGAUGGUGCUCCAGUCAAGGCCAAUCAGCCUUUGCCUUCAGAGUACACUUCUGAGCAAUUGGAUAUGUUGAAAAAAGGUUGUGCUAACUUGCAGAAGCAUAUUGAGAACGCUAGACAGUAUGGUGUUGAUGUCAUUGUCGCCAUCAACCAAAUGUCCUGCGAUACUGCCAAUGAACAUGAGGUGAUCCGUCAAGCAGCCUUGGAAGCUGGUGCAGUUGAUGCCAUUGUUUCCAACCACUGGGGAAAGGGUGGUGAAGGCGCCAAGAACCUAGCUCUUGGUGUCAUUAGAUGUGCGCAUCAUGAAUAUCCGAUCCAAAAGCAGAACGCUGGCGAACACUUCCACUACUUGUACUCUGUGGACAGUAAUUCCAGCAUCAAGGAGAAGAUUGAGACCAUCGCCAAGAAGAUGUAUAAUGCCGAUGCCGUUGAAUUCUCGCCUAAGGCGCAGCAGAAAUUGGAAGAGUACACCAAGCAAGGAUUCACUAACUUGCCUAUUUGUAUGGCCAAAACCCAGUAUUCUCUUUCGCAUGAUCCUAACUGGAAAGGUGUUCCUUCAGGCUACACAUUCCCUAUCAGAGAUAUCAAGGCUUCUAUCGGUGCUGGAUAUUUAUAUGCUUUGGCUGAUAAGAUUCAAACCAUCCCAGGUUUAGCUACCAGAUGCGGUUUCAUGAACGUUGAAGUCAACAAGAAGGGUGAGAUUGAGGGUUUGUUUUAA